GAUGUUUAAUAAAAUGGCGGUGAAAAUAAAUUAACAUUUGUUUAGUAUAUACAAAAUUUGUUUAUAGAGGAAAAAUAUUUCAAUAAUUUAUUUAUAAUAUUAUAUAUCAUAUAAAUAAUUAAAAAUAUAGAAAUUGUGUUGAAUUCAAAGUAUAUCAUAAAAUAACAAGACUAAUUUUUUGUUAAUUGACUAAAUUUAAUUUUAAGAUUUUAUAUAAUAUUUAUAGAUUUCAUUAUGGAUUUGUAAUAAUAAAAUUUAAUACUAAUUCAAUAUUUUAUAAUAAUUAUAAAUAUGACUGCAAAAGUAUAUCAACCAGAUCAAGAAUUGGAGAUAAAAGUUAAGAAAGCGACUGAACGUAUAUCUGAAAAUAUGCAUAUAGUUGCAAAUGAACCAUCUCUUGCAUUUUAUAGAUUACAAGAACAUGUAAGAAAAGCAUUGCCUCCAAUGGUGGAGAAGAGAGUUGAAGUACUUGCUCUUCAACAGCAACUCUUAGGUAGAUGUUAUGAUGUAGAAUAUGCUGUAAGUGCUAUUAAAACAAUGUAUGGUGCUGAAAAGAGUUUUGAAAAUACUUUAGAAUUCAUAAAAAAUGCUAUAUUUCUUAAACAACAAUUAAAGUAUGAAGAACAACGUAGACACAAAAAAGAUAAUAAUAGAGAUUCUGUAUAUAAAAGACUUUCUGCACAUAUUCCUACUUUAGAUCAUUUACCAGAUGAAAUUUCUGAUGUUGUAAGAGAAACUGCUAAUAGAGUAGAAUCUAUGAUGAAUCAUGCCAGAUAUUCUACUGAUGGUCAAAAAACAAAUUAAAAUGACAAUAAUAUUAAUCUUUAAUUCAUUAAAAUUUCAUUAAAUUAU